GGCCACAGACGCAUGCUCGUUAAAAAGGGAAAGAAAAAAAAUAAUAAGAAGAAGAAAGAGAAAAGCAAAACAGGCUUCAUGAUCAAUGCUUGCCAAUAAGAGUGACAUUAGGCUUACAUUUCACAUUGAUGAGCCUCAAUAUAAAUGAUGGAUUAACUAUUAAGGGAGGUCAUCACACUCAGGAGAACCAGAAAGGAAAGCAUUUUUGAAGAUAACUUUAUUUUCCUGAUUAAAACUCUGAGAUGUUAGAUUGAUGAUAUUGUGUUAUCUAGACUUGGCUAAUGAAUAAAGCCCUGAAUUACUAUUUGGAACCUUUGGGUUAGAGGAUCACAGUCUUUCUAUCUAGAAUUUUUAAUAGCAUCAUAGAGUUUUUCAUGAGAUGGAUGUCCAGGAUUUUGUAGUUGAAGCACCUGAUAGUCAUGGAAAAGCAAUAACUGAAACUUUAGCACAUUUUGCCAUUCCAGUUGUCUUGGUUGAAAAUAGUUUGAGAUGCAACAAAAAUGGACAAGAUGAGAAGAUUCUUCCAAAUGGUGAUGUUUGGAUUCCAAACUUGGUAAAAGCAAUCACAAGCGUCACCACAAGUAGAAGCCAAGCCAUCGUAGUUGAGAAGAAGUUGAUAGAUGGACCCAACAACAAGGGGAAAACAUGGAUCCCCCAUAUUCUUGGGGUUCAGUGGUUGGUUGUUAAAUGGAUUCAGGGAGCAAUAAAGAGUGACACUGCGAGUGGCAACAACUCUUUUUAGAGCCACAAGAACAAGUCAACUGCCAGUAUAAAGAAUGGCAUGGCAUUGCAAAUAACAAUGAGCCUUUUGAGGGUUGCAAGCAGCAAGACCAAGCAGAGCAAUAGAAAAUGACAUUCCAAAUGACAACAGGCCUCUUUGACUCACCCACUAGCUCAAACCAGCUGUGCUACUUUCAUCAACUCUUCGUAAGGAUCUUCAUCUCUAGCUUUCCCAUUUUCUUUAAUUUUUCUUAGCUUUUUGGAACUGCAUUCCCUAUCAUCAGGUGGGAUAUUACUUUUAGGUUGAAAUUGGGUUGUCUUUUGUGUUCCCCUCCUUUUUAAAUUGGUUUGUGAUCGUCUAGUCUGCUACCAGCAUCAUCUUUCAAGCUUUAUCAUGUUUAACAAAACUUUCAUGCUCCGACCCAUGCAUGAUUAUCUUAGCCAUGGAUGGAUGAACCUUCUGUUUUUUAAGCUCAUAAAGUAAUGAGGAGCCGUUAGUGCGAGGAAGAUGGUCCCUCCCAAGCCCCAACGCAUGCGUGCUAUCCGUACAGUUUGGCCGCUGCUCCCUAGCUUUCUGCGCAGAUUGCUGUAAGCAUGGAAGAUUGAGGGGCCAUGUGAGUGGGUUCGGCAAUGAUUAAGCACACCACCGCAGCUUGCAAACAUCAUUAAGCCCUCGUAAAUAAAUGUCUAAUAUUGCCUCAAUCCACUUUGGCAUUUUCAGACUACACACUUGCUAAUAAUUGCUAGGACAAUCCUAAUCUCGUCCAGAACCAAUGGUUUUUGCUUUGGAAUACCAAUAUCAUAUACUACAUCUUAUGGGUGCAUUUUUUUUUU